AUGAAACCGCUCGUAUGGUCGGAUGACUCUGCAUUGAUUUCGUUUUCAACGCUAUUUUAUGUACUCAUGGAGGCUAGUGAGAUUAAUGAUUUAUCCAAUCAAUAUAAUAUUGAUUAUGCUGAAACAUUUUGGUCUAUCGAUUGCUUUCAGCAAGCUAUGCUUACCAACGGCGGACAGCGGAAACGGGUACCAAGUGAUGUGGAUUCAAUACCCAGUGACAGUGAGAUUACGGUAAUCGAACGAUAUGUCACAUCAAGUUCCCCAUCUCAAUCCACAUCCAACUACAGCGAUCAGUGCGAUCGAUUACGAGAGCGUCUUGAGCAGGCGCUCGUCGAACGAGAAAAGUUGGAGCUGCAAAAUGAACAGCUGUUGAAGCAAUGGGAAGAAGCGCUAGAAUACGUUACAACGGUUCAAAAACAAUUACAAGAGGAAAUUCGACGGAAUACGGAUCUGAAAAAUGCCCAAAUGGAAAUGGAAAAAUGUCGGAACGAUCAGAUUACCAUUUCACGAACAACGUUGAAUUUCAUCGUAUUGUUAGCUGUUUUUAUUGCGUUCUAUUUAUAUCGAAUCUAG